GUAAGAUCUUAGAUGGGGUGAUACGAAACAAUGGGAAAGGCAAGCAGGUGGAUGAUUAAUUUCUUUCUAGGAAAAAAGGAGGAGAAAUGCAAGAAGAAAGAUAUCUAUUUCUAUGCAGAGAAAGAUACAACAACUGCAAUUGUACCUUCGAAUCCAACUAUUAAGAGGAGAUGGAGCUUUGGCAAAUCUGCGAAGAAAGAGAGAGUCUGCAAGGGUCGUAGAUCUCUUGACUCAGUCAUCACCACCCCAUAUUUAGCACAUAGAUCAUCAUUUGCAUUGCCAGCCACUGAAGCUAUUAAAAUAAUUGUCCCACAAACACGUGCAGCAAAUAGAAUGAGAAAGGCAGUAGAAGAUGCAGCUGCCACCAGGAUUCAAGCUGUCUUUCGUUCUUACCUGGCCAGGAAAGCUUUGUGUGCGUUAAGGGGAUUAGUCAAGUUACAAGCAUUAGUAAGGGGUCACCAGGUGAGGAAACAAACAGCUGCUACUCUUCAGCGAAUGCAUACACUUAUGACAAUACAAGCAAGAACUCGUUGUCAAAGAGCUCAGAUGGCCAGGGAAUCACAAAUUUCCGUGAAAAGCAGAUCAUCAAGACACAGAGAGGCAGUUGAUGUUAAUUUUCAUGAAGUACGGGGAAUUUCGAGCAGAAGUGGCUAUAUCAAUCAUCCAUUAAUAGACAGAAUAGAGAGAGAGGUUCCCAGAUUCUACUCCGGGGAACUACAAAUCUCUAGGCAAGAACAUCAAUACAAGGAGUUCUGCUUCACAUCACAGAACAGUCCCUCAAUCUGUUCACCACCUUCCAGAACCCCAGGAAGAGCCUCUUUCACUUACGAGACACCAGACUAUGCCAACACUCUUUCUAAUCAAUUUUCAAUCCUACCAAACUACAUGGCUGACACAGAAUCUUCCAAGGCUAAAUUCAGGUCACAGAGUGAACCGAAACAGCGGCCUAAACAAAGCAUCAGAGUUCAAAACAAGCAAACAACUUCUAUGGAUGGAUUGCUUGUCCACCAAGAUGCUCAGUCACAAUGUUCAUCUUCGCACUCAAAACACAUGGCUCAUGAAAACCAAGACCCAUGGUUUAUAAAACUCUAUCAACCAACAAGGUCAAAAGAUAACAAUUAUGAUGCCAGCAUCACAACCAGCACUCGCCAUUCCAACUACAGCAAAGUUCUUGUCACAUAUGAGCCCCCUCUGAAUAUCUACUGAAAGUUCAUUAGAUGCCCACGAUACCAACUACAGAUGGAACCAUCAUACAAGUUAGUUGCUAUGAUGCUAUCAUAGUAAAAGCGUUGAUUGUUGUAAAUUCAUGCAUUCAGUAUCAAACUACCGGAGCUUUUAGCUCACCCACGAAUACUUGACAAAAAUAAAUUAUUUGAAUUUA